CGUGUAGAGCAUGUAAAUAGGAACAACACACUGACUCGGCAUAGGACCAGUAGAAAGCCAAAAGAAGGAAGCAACAAAGUCACUAAACCUACGGACGUAUACGGAUGCAUCAAAUGGCAACCCUCUCUUCCAAAGGGAGAAACGUUGGAGUCUCUCGGUGAAAAAAAAGAGUCGCUGAAAGACAUUUACACGCAAAGAGGCCCAGAAGAAUCGUCUACAGGUGAAAUUGACAUUUUGAUGGAUCACACUUAUUACCUGCAGAGAAAAAUGAUAAAUGGAGCUCCACUUCCAGUUAGUGAGCUAAAAGAGCAGUGGCCUUAUUUAUUUGUUCCAGAGUUCUUCCAGAAGCACUUCAAAACUCUAACAGGUAUCGAUAUCGCCACAUCACUGCUAAAGUCACUUCAAGAGAAGGGGCUAACUAUUCUCCGCUUUCUUGCAAAGGAGAAGUGGGAAGAUCACAACAAAGUUCGGCCACUUAUUCAUCAGGUCGUGGCUGAAAAGGACGCUGUCGAUAUGCACACUGUUGCUGGUGCAGUUAUUAAGGGGAUGAUGAGCUACUUCAAAGAAAAAGAAGACUCGCUUAUCCUGAAUGGAGAUGUGACUGCUACUCCUGAGGAGAUUGAGGAGGAGACUCGUGACCACUCUGAAUCGCCAUAUCUCGUCAUCCAAGGGGAUGACACUACAGCAAAGUGGAUGGUGGUCGUCGAAAAGAAAGUCAUCGGGAAGUCAACACAAGCAGAUGGUGUGAUAUGUGGAGUAGCCUAUUUGCUGUGCACGUACUACAAUCUCAAUCUGCAAUAUCAGUCAAAUGCAUCGACGACAUUGGAGUUCAUUCAGCGGUAAUUGCAUGUUGCUUGAUUGGCAUCAAUCCAGACGCGGGAUCAAAGUCUCAUGGACAACAAUGUAGCCAGAAGGUGAUAUCAUUUAUUCGCAAAUUAGCGGAUUUCCAGUGGUUUCAUUAAUAAGGGGGCAACUUUAUGCCAUCCGUGGAUGACCCUCGUGCAGUCGUUCGGAAAAGUAGUCCAUCCUAGUGAGAUUUGUCAUGGGCCAUGGAAUCCACUCAUAUAGGGGUACUUUUUAUAUCGCAACAUGUCUGUUGUUCUGGAAAAAAAGGGGUUUUCCCCUCUAGGUACUUUACUGAUGGGGAUAGAUCAGGGUAAAUUUCCCGAUCACAGAAUACCUGGUAUUCUCGAACUUCCAGUCAGUCUGAAUACGCCUUAAGAUAUAUAUACUGGAAAUGUCAUUUCUUGCAAAAUUUAUAACAUGUUCUGUAUAAUUAUAAGAAGUGUAUCUUAGUACAGACUAACAUUCAGAACAAAUUACAGGGGCGCCUACAUACUACAUCAAUUUCAAAAUUAUCAAUAAAAAAAAAUCCCACUUACAUUGAGUAUCUGAACCCUUUACUUUCACACACUUUCUUAAAAUUUUAUUUGUGUCUUUUUGCCCUUUUUAGACAUUUGCAAAUGUUAUGCUUGCAAAAGGGAUCAUGUACCUUUAAUAUGCAUUUCAAUUGAACUUAAUAUGAAACAUCACAAGUGAAAAUUGAAAUUUGAAAUCAAAUAUUUUGUUAGUGAGGGAGGUUAAAAAAGUGACGUGACUUCGUGGUAUUAAGGAAGCCGUGUGUUUAGCCUUGAUGCAAAGAGACCAACUACAGGGAGCCCAAACUUUUUUAAUAAAUUGUGUCUAGCGGUCAUUGAACUUCCUAGACAAAGCAUUAGCACAUGUAUUCUGUGAGCCUGGCAUGUGUGCAGCCUUGUCAUCAUAAGCAUUGCUUGAUUGUUUACUUACUGUUUUCCAAAAUAUGUUUUACAUUACUUGCAAUUUAGCAUUAUUUUACCUUAGUGAAUUUUCAUAUAUUUUAGUCUGUACAUGCAAUACACCUUUAUUUUAAUAAAUUUAAUAAGUCAUGAAAUAAAUGAAUUUGCCAAAUAUUAGGCCUAUAUUUAAGUAACCUAUAUUUUAUUUCGACAUAUUUCAAGUUAUAUAAUAAUAUAUUUUUUUUAAGUAACUUAUAUUUUAUUACGAUAUAUGUUACGUUAUAUGGUAAUAUGUUUUUUUAUCAUAUUUAAUACGUAGCAAUAUUGUAGCUAAACGAAUUUCAUAAUUUUAUGUUUUCAUUUUACAUGUACACAAAUUGAUCAUAUUUUCUAUUUUCUUUGUUCAUUGUGCACAUUGGUAAUUCUAUUUCAUUAAUUUCUGUAUAUCAUGUAUAUUUUCUUAUUGUCAAGUAUGUUUUACGGUUUUUGUUAUUUUGCACAGCCCCUUUGUAAACCAGCCGAGUAGCUGAAUAGGGCUUUUACCGUCAAUAAAUCAAUCAAUCAAUUGAAUGACAGCUCAUGAAGUUGAAACAAGUUUCUGUGCAGAAUUGGCAUGUAAAUGAGACAAAAAUACAGAAGAAUAUGAAACACGUAUUAAAGAUUACAAGUUUAAUAUAACAGAGCAACUCAAAUUAAAUGGGGUAUUAGUUCAAAAGAUAAAUUAAACAAAAAUAAAGUGAGUAAUGUCUUUUGGAGAGAUUCUACCAGGUAUAGAGAGUUUUCCUUGAUUCUGCCAGGUAUAUGGAGACUUUUCAUUGAUUGUAUUCUGAUAGUAGUUGUCGUUUAAUAGUGGCUUUAAAGGAAGAUAAAAGUGUAUAAAAUAUGUCUUGUUUACAAUUGAAGAUAAUUCUUUACAAUAGUUUUUUACAAUUCAGAAUUUUAAAGUGAACAUAUUGUUGUCUGUUCGACAAAUAAUUUUUGACCCAAGAAAGUGCAGUGCCCCUAAGCCAUACGUUGUGAUUUAGCAUAUCAAUGCCUUAAAGCCGCUAUGUCUGCACAAUUGCAUGUGUUAUUCUGUCGUAUAAUUAAAUUAAUGCUAGGUCGGGUGAAUGAUUUUUUUUAAAGCCAUAUUGGUUGGGAUUAAGCAAGUUAUGUGUAUUUCAGAAUUGGUAUAAUCUAAACAAUUUUUUCAAGAAUUUUUGAGAUACUGGAAGGAUGACUAUGGGUCUGUAGAUUCUUGAGUACUUGAACUUUUGCAGUUUUUAGUGGUUUUACUUGUUUUAAUGUUUUACUUGAUAGUUUCUUUGCAAGCAUUUUCAUAAUGUUACACUAUUUGAGAAACUUGUUUUAUGGAGCGUUGAUUACCCAAUAAAGACUUUAAUAAUGA